UUUUUUUGGAAAAGCCUCUCAUUUUUAAACAAGUUUGCGUUAAUUACUGUAAAAAACUAAUUGUUUUAGCGCGUUUAUUCUAGUUUACAAAGUUAUGAAUGCAGGAAAUCUUCCACGAAUCGUUUAGAUUAUAAUUAUGAAGCAAAGGGACCAAUUAAAUAGCUUCGUGAUUCACAACACAAAUUGUUUUUAUUGUUAGAUGGUAAAAUGAACACAGUAUGUCUUAUUUGAGUGCUUCAGAAAAUGUGGGUUUCAGUGGUAUUACCCAAAAUAUAUCAGAUGGCAGUUGCGCAACGCAAUACAAGAUGGCAGUUGAGAGUGUGUCGGGGGGCUGCGGUGGUGAAGUAAUGUACAUUCAUGACUCAGACAGUGAACAGUACAUACCGCAUAUAGCGGAAAACUUCUUCCAUACCAAAUUUAAAAUAGAUCCUAGUGAAUUGUACACAUUUCAUGAUUCCGAUGUUAUUGCUAAUGAGAUCACUGUCAGUCAUACAGAAGAUAAUUUCAUUUUUCCGGACAAUAGUAUUGAUAUUAAAAUAAAACAGGAAGACAGUCCCAAACAAACUGAAUCCUUUAAUACACCUCAUUUAACUAAUGGGAUAAUCAAAACGGAAAGUAAAGAGGUUUUGAAUGGUCAUUAUUCCCCAGUUUUGGAAAGUGUAACACUUAAUCACGUGGAAACAAAAACUGCAAAUGCUAAAGUUCAGAAAGGGAAGACUAAUGCCAAUCCAAAGCUGACUGAAGUUCGUCGUGCUAGUAUUCCCAGCACUCAAAAUUUAAGUUCACAAAAUUUAGGUCAUUCUGUUUCAACAUCAAAUAUAACUUCAACCUGUACAUCAAAUACUAAUUCAACAAGCGAGAAAGCAUCAGGAAAAAAAAGUAAUUCUGAAACAUUUUUGGACGUAUUUAAAAGAGAACAAGGGCUCACGGAAAAUGCUGUGACAGUUAAAACAGAACCAAACACUGCUAGUACAGUUACUGCUCCUAUCAAACCUCCUAAAAAGCCUGCAGCAGCCAAAACAUCCCAACCGAAACCACGCAAAGGUCGCGGGCCGACGGUACACGAGGCUUUACAGCGGAUACCGAAUCAACCGCGAGCAUUGGCCUUGCCCAACUUAACAUGGCACACUCCAGGAGAAGAGAUGUUUCAAUGUGGCCCUUUGGACGACAAGAAACCCAAUGCCUUUCGCCAACUCGAUAGUAGCAGUAGCGAUGACGAUAAUAUGCCGGAAAUCGAUUUAGGUGUCGGGCCGAUUUGUGUGGAGGAAAGUGCAGCGGAGACUCGCGGAGCUAGGUUGGCUUUGCGUCGGGCUGCAUUGAGACGACACGUGGUCAGGGCUGCGACGUCGCUGCAACUCGCUAAGGAUCAUAAAGAACAUAAAGCAUUGGCUUCUCUCAUCAAGAAACAACUGAGCGGUCAAAGUUCCUGUCGUAUUCCGCCACAGACUUUGAAUCACUUGCUGGCUAUGCGAGGGAUGUCUUCUGUAUUGUCAUUAGAAGAACGGAGGAAAUUAAGACAAAGCGGUUGGUCGGGCGGCGAAAGCGUGCGGCCGGAAUCGAACACGUGCGCAGACGAGCGAUGCACGCAAACUCCGUUGCCGUGCGCGCGGUACUGCUUGUCCCACGUGACACUCGCGCCAGAGCAGCGGCUGUACGCGGCGUGUGCGGCCGUGUUUGCGGGUGGCGAGCGUUGCAAACAGCCGUUACUGCCGCUACAAGAGCAGACCCCACUCUGCACCGAGCAUGCCUGGAAGCGGGAUAACUACGAGCUCCUAAGCCGUGAGAGUAAGCCGGUGAAGACUGUGCGCAAGCGAGCCUGGGUGCCCAGUGCCCGAGCGCCCAGGGCCCCGCGGACACCACGACGAGCCAAGCGACGCCGGAGACUAGUGCCCAAGCGACCGCCCAAUCACUCGCAAUCGCUAUCCGAAAUCAACGUGUGUUCGAACUCCUCAACGUAUGAUAGUUCGGAGGACACCGCAAUGGGUGGUUUCAGUGAAAACGAGUACAUGACUGCGACCAACUCGCAUGGGUUAGAGGUGGGUCAAGUGCCCCCGGACGACAUCCUGGAUCCAUCAGUACUGAAUCAGAUACCAGAUGAAGCUUUUACGGAAUUUUUUAAUCAAGAGGAAAGCGGAAGCACUUUUGGCGAGGGUCUGGAGUUGGCAGCGGCUUUAGAGGCCGUGUUGGACGAGCGAGCGCUCGACAUGGUGGACGUGUUCCCACAGUCGCACGUCCAAGCUAAGACCAAGAUGCAGGUACCGGCGGCGGUCACUAUGGAGAUAUCGUCUAGCGCGCCUUCAUAACAAAAUAACACAUACGUCUUAUGCUAAGUUAAAAUGAACCCUAUGUACUAUAAAUUUAGGAACAAAUUCGUUAAUCCGUAGUCUCAAGUUUCUUCAUGCUUUAAGUUUUCGUGUGCAUGUCUAAUAAAGUAGGAUGUUGGUGAGAGAAGUUUAAAAUGUCGAGUUUUUUUAGAACGAAUUGAUAAGGGAGCCCCGAUAAAUUAAUUGGGAAAUUAAUUUAGGUUUUUUUUUUAUAAAAAUCUAUAUGAAAAUCGAUAAAACCUUGUGUUCGUAUAAGUAAAUUCUGCAUUAGUACUAAUUUGAUUCUUUUAUUUCCUUGCGGUAAGUGAUACAGUCUAAUUUGAAAUGGCUUAGUCUAAGUAAACAUCAGAAUAUUUUUGUAUUUCCCCAUAGGCAAUGAUGCGACAAUGUUUUUGAAGCGGUGAUAGCGCAGAACUUAAGAGUUUGGUCGCAUUCAAGGUUGCCUGCCUUUCGGUAUUCUAUAGGAUAUAUUUCGUCGAGUGU